UAAUAUUGUAAUUUAUAAUAAUAUAAAUAAGUAAUAAAGAAUAACCCAAAAUACUUUUCUUAAAUUAUUUUCGUAUAUAUUUAACAACUUUUAGUCUAUUAUCUUAAACUGUAGAAAAUCUGUAUCAAAAUUAGUAGAUUACCCUAUCAGCCUUCUUGAUUUUUAAACGACAUCGGUGAAUGAACUGUCAAAUACGUAAUGAAGUUAGCCACUGUCUGGAUUCCAUAAAAGUGCGUUAGUGUACAUCUGUGUAACCCAAUGUUUUCCGUGUGUGCAAUAAGGGCACGACGGCCGCGGCGGACUGGAUAACGAAAGCUCUUGCUUUGCCUACCUUGUAGUCUCGUAUUUAUUGUGCCAUUGAACGCCGGCGAAAACUGUUUACAAAUCCGAUUGUCUGUUAUAAUAAUGCAAUAUCGCGUAUCUUCGAGUGUUCUUAAUUGAAAAUGGACCGACAGGAUUUGAAUAUUGAAUUUUAACGUUUACUAGUGGUGGUUACAGUGAGAAAAGUGCAAAAUGUGCUUGUUCCGCGGCACAUUGUUUUUGUUCCUCGUGAUUACUGUAUCCGGUUUUGAGCAGUCAAAUGGAUCGGAAGUGUCAUCUGGUCACCAUUCGGGUCAUAGACUGAGGGCGCAUAAGGCAGUUCGAAGACAUCGCGCUAUCCAUGAUGGCGCGCUUCGCUUCGAACCUGAACCGUACAGCAAGAAAUUGGAGCUCAAUAGUUCUGGCAAAAUCCACUGUAAAGUUGCUGGUGGAGUUGCUCCAAGUAUACAGUGGUAUCUGAAUGAAGAAGAUCCCCUCCCCGAUGGUGUGACGUCGUCUAAUGGCACCCUGCUGGUGACGGAGGCGGCCCGCCGUCACGCCGGCCGGUACACGUGUCGAGCGGUCGACGGCAACGAUACCAUCACGGCGAAGAUCAAUCUAGAUAUAGUCGUGUCCCCACGUAUCCUUGAGCCGUCUUCGGGUCAGCAAGUCAACGUGGUCGAGGGUCAGACGGCCGUGCUCAACUGCCUGGCGACUGGCGACCCGCAACCCACUACACAGUGGGACAGGAACCGCACCCUGUUGCUGCAACAACCCGGUGUAAGCACUGAAGAUUCAGCUAACGCGUCAUCAGCCAGAUUGCUGGUACUAAAUAACGGAUCACUCAUUAUACGCAAUGUAAAAGAUGAAGACUCCGAUAUGUACGGAUGUUUAGCUGGCAGCGCUGCGGGAUUGGCAAGGAACGAGCUUGUCUUACUCGUUCACGCUGAAGGGACACUGCCGGCGCAGGAGUCGUCAGGAGUAGGUGGGAAGGCGGUGGUGGUGUCGAUAUCCGUGGCCGCCGCUUAUAUGAUACUCGUGCUGGCGCUAAUGUACUAUUGUAGACGUCGGCGCCUGCGCAGCCGACAGAGAGGCGAAAAGAUGGAGCUUGAAAUGGCAGAAGGUAGAGAGAAGUUAGUGGAAGAAGGCGAAGAGGAUAAACCGAAGGUCGCCAACGGAUCCGCAGUACAAAAUGGACGCUUGCUGCCGCAUGAUAGAGAUAGUGGCGCGGACAAUUCCGAAGUGUCCGGGAUAUCGCGCGCGUCGAAGAAGUCCGGACAGUACGACCAUCUGACUGUACCACGGACGCUUCUCACGGAACAAAUCACGCUGGGACGUGGAGAAUUCGGUGAGGUGAUGUUAGCAAAAAUAGACAUGUGUCAAGUGAAGAAGCUGAAGAGCAAAGAUGAUGCUGAGCUGGAGCCGAAGAUGAGGCAGGUGCUGGUCAAAGUGCUCACCACUAAGGACGAGACUCAGCUAUCCGAGUUCAAACGUCAACUGGAGCUGUUCGGUCGGAUCCGUCACGAGAAUAUAGUGCGCCUGAUAGGUCUCUGUAACGAAGCGGACCCACACUAUAUGCUGUUAGAACAUACAGACUGGGGUGAUCUGAAGAGCUUCCUGAUCGCGACGCGCACGGCCGAGGAGACGGCCGAGUACCUGCGCCGCGUGGGCCCGGCGCACCCGCCGCCGCCGCCGGCCGCCGCCGCCGGCGCCGCGCCGCCGCCGCUGGCGCCGCAGCACCGCGCCGUGCUGGCCGCGCACCUCGCUGCGGCCGCCGGUCGCCUCGCCAGCAAGAGGCUCACGCACAGAGACAUAGCGGCUCGCAACUGCGUGAUCACGUCGCAGCUGCAGCUGAAGCUCUCCCUGGCGGCGCUCACUCGCGGCCCGCACUCGCACGAGUACUGCAAGCGGCACGACCAGGUGAUACCAUUGCGCUGGUUACCAUCUGAAGCCGUGCUAGAAGGGGAAUACUCAACGAAAUCGGACGUAUAUAUGUUUGCGGCCACAGUUUGGGAGAUAUACACAAAAGCAGAGUUGCCAUUCGGUAAAUUGAACGAUAAUUCUGUUAUGGAGAGGCUGAAAAAUGGCACACUGGAGUGGACGGUGCCGGAUUCGAUGCCCGACUCGCUCGCUGCGUUGUUGAAACGCUGCUGGAGCAACUCGCCAGCAGACAGGCCGCAGUUCACCGAGAUUUGCGAGGAAAUGACCACAAUACUGCAGAAUAUGACGUCGGAUGACAUAACCGGACAUACAGACGAAAACAAUGCUUAGUUAUACGUAAGCAAAUGAUUAAUGUAAAUAAUAAAAUUAAAAAAUUUAAAGUUUCCCUUAGAGAGUCCAGUAUGGGGUUUUUCAAAAAGGAUAUAUUAAGCUUUCUUCAGGGUCGGCAACGCGCACGUGACGUCCCUAGUGUUGCAGGCGUCCAUAGGCUGUAGUGACCGUUUACGAUCAGACGGGCUGUAUGCCUGUUUGCCGCCGUCGUGGUAUAUAAAAAAAAACAAAAGCUGAUAUAAAAAAGAACUAUGGCAUAAAUCUAGAUAGAUACUAGAUAGAGUAUCCCCCUACAGAUGCUUCGAUAAAGGCGCAAUUUGUUUACGCCUGUUUGCCGCCUUUGUAAAAAAAUAAGAUCUAGAAUAAAACAUAGAACCAUAGACCUAGAUAGACACUAGAUAGAGGUUUUCAAAAUGGCGCAGUUUUAAAUUCUUAUUAAAUUUGUAAUUGGUGAAUUUUAUCAUACAAAUUGUGUUUGUAAUGUGAAUAGGUAUUUUAAACUUUAUGUAAAUAACACAAAGACCGUUUACGAAUGUAUGGCCUUUAGUUUGAUUUCCAUAUUGAAUAUUCGUGAGUCGCUUUGUAUUUUAUGAAUUAGAUAGUGUUUUGUAUUUUUAUAUAUGUAGUUAGCGUUAGUUUGAUUUUACGAGUGUAUGCACAUUACUGAAAUACAAAAUUAAACAAUAGUUUUUAACCGACUUUAGAAAAGAAGGCUCACAAUUCAUCGGAAAUUUUUUAUUUUUAUUUCAUGUACUUUCCCCGAUUACUCGUAGACGGCUGGACCGAUUUGGAAAAUUAUGGUUUUUUUUUAUCUAAACUACUUUUAGAUUGAUCGCAUAAAAGUUUUAUUAAAAAAAAAUUUAGUUUCGUUUUUAAAUCAGUAUUACUGGAUUUUUUUUAAAUAUUUGAUUUUGCCACGAAUGAAAUAGGGGUUUUUUAUUUGCACAUAAUCUCAAAUUAAAAUUAUAAAAUGUAUUAAAAUAACGUAACUUCAUUGAACAUUUUUCUAUUUACUUAUUAGUUCCCAAAAUCUACGAGUCGAUCGUAUGACACGUGAAUAAUUUUAACUUAGAUACAUAGAUAGAUAUAUAAUUUAUUUGCUUUAUUUACAGCACACAAAUAACAUUAGACAUAGAUAUACACGAAAGAAGCAAAAGGGGGCGAGCACAAAAGAUCGUGGAAAGGUUGCACUGUCACAAGUGUUGCUGCCUAGAAAAGUCCGUCUUUUAAUUAU